AUGGCCGCAGCACAGACCUCAAGAGUUCCGCCGAGCACGCGAUGGGCGUCUUUCGACGGUUGGGACUACAACGGCAUGAAGGAGCGUUUGCAGGGACUGCUCGCAAAGAUCGACAAGUCUGUACUUGUGCGCCACGCCGAGCUCAUCAAGGGCCAGGAAGUUACCAUGAGCCAGCCCUUCUCGGCGGGCCAGUACUGGAUCCGUUUCGAGAUGAUUGCCGAGGACGGCAGUCUGGUCAUUGCCCGAGUUCGCUUGCCUCGGCAUCCUGACACCCCGCCCACGGUCAGUGAGGGAGAUGAACUAUACGCCAUUGCCUGCGAGGUCGCAACGAUGAAAUUUGUGAGGCAAAACCUCCCCGCCGUUACUAUUCCUCGUGUAUACGCCUAUGAGGGCCCAGGGUCGCAGCUUGCUGCCGAUGCCGGUGCCAUACACAUGCUUUUGGAAGGCUUCUAUGGGAAUACCUUGCAAGAUGUUGAGUUCGAUAUGUGCAACCUAUCGGUAGGUUGCAGCUCAAGAACAUAUUAUGACCCAAUGGACAAAUGGACAAAGGUACAAGCAGAACUGGCGACCUUGGCGUAUCCUUGGAUCGGUUCCAUCUCUUCCGUAUCAAAAACGGGAGAGCCUAUUAUUGACAGGUUGGCCACCGCCUCGGCCGAAGGGCUUAGGGACGAGGGGCCUUUCUCUAGUCCGGCUGAGUAUUUCACUGCCGUUGGAGACGCCGCAAUCAGCAAGCUGGAUCUGUCCGAUGCGGAUUUAAAAGGCAGUUCAAUGUCCUUUACCAGGCUGGCUGCCUUUGUCUUUCGCGACAUCGUACAUAACACUGCAUUAUUCGAGGACAGUGACACUGAUGGGCGAUUUCCCCUCAAUCAUAUGGAUCUUGGCACACGGAACAUCCUUGUUGACAAGAACUUUAACUUCCUGGCUAUCAUCGACUGGGAGUUCGCCCAAACCGCCCCCUGGCAGGUCAACCACUACCCCAUGCCCUUUCCGUUGCUGGGGUCAGAGGCGGAGAUUGAAGGCAUCCUUCAGGAUCCCAAUCACCUUGCGCACAGAAACGUGUCGCGGCAGGAGUCUGCUCGAAGAAUGUACACCCGGAAGUUCCGAGACGCCGAGAUGGAACUUCGGCAGAAGGGACGGUCCCUCGGAGGGUCAUUCGCCAAAGUGUUGGACAGCCCGGCAUCAAGAAUAUAUGCUUGUUUCACCAAGCUCGGCGGCUUGCCGGAGGCGGAUGCGGGCCUCGUCUACGAGAUGGUGCGGCUUGCCUUUGGGUUGGAUGCCAAGGAGACGGAACGGUAUCUUCAUAAGAUAGAGGGUAAGGCGAGAAGAUCAGAGGGCUGUCGAGGGCAAGGCAAGUAA